GCAAAUAAAUUCCAUCAAAAGGAAGAAAAAACAAUGAAAGAGGUUCAAAAUCGUCUACACUAUGUUCGUAAGCUAUCUACAUUUUUCACAAAACCAAUCGUUUAUAUUUUUCUCCUUUUCUCGUUUGCUGUCGCCGGUUACCUUUAUUCCUCGUCCAAAUCCGCCGAUCACUUCCGUUUCGAUACCAUCAUUUGUGCCAAACCCGAACCACCACAUGUUGUUCGAAACAAUCUCAUUGACACCUUCUUUAAUGGUAUAUCUCCGUAUGCUAACUUCCCACCAAAACAUGUGGCCAAUCUUUUAACUCCGGCGAAAAUCAAUGGUUGGGAUUCAAACAAUGCUGUUUUUGGUAACCUUAUGAAGAAGUACCGGCCCAAGGUCAUAAUUGAAAUUGGUACCUUCUUGGGCAUGUCUGCGAUUCACAUGGCAGAAUUAUCUAAAGAAUUGGGCUUAGAUUCGCAAAUAAUUUGUAUCGAUAAUUUUAGGGCAUGGCCGGGAUUGGAUAUACCGAUGAUAAACGGCGAUGUACUAUUGAUGUAUCAAUUUAUUCAGAAUUUGGUUCAUAAGAAUGUGACGGAUUCGGUGGUCUUUCUUCCUUAUUCCGCGGCCGCAGCUUUAGAUAAAAUGUGUAUGAUGGGAAUAUAUGCUGACAUGAUUGAAGUCGAUGCGGCUCAUGAUUUCCAUUCGGCUUGGAGCGAUAUUAACCGGGCUUAUAAGGUUUUGGCACGCGACGGUGUAAUAUUUGGGCAUGAUUAUUUCAAUUUAGAAGAUCAAUUUGGUGUUAGAAGGGCGGUGGAUUUGUUUGCAAAAGUUAAGGGUCUUGAAGUUGGAACUGAUGGUCAGCAUUGGGUCAUCUAUCCAAGCUAAUUUAUGUGUAUUUGAUUUUAUUGAUAUUUUUUAUAAUUAAUAAUUUUUCAAGCAUUUUUAAUCAUAAAAUGAUCUUGGACAAUGUAGACUGAGGUUAGGUAUGGUUAAUCAGUCUUUCUAUGUCAAGAUUUUCAAUAUAUAUUUUUUUUAUCAUAGAGUGUAGUGUUUGUUUUC